AUGGCACAAGAACAAGAGCAACACUCGCUCCUUCGCUCCUUAAUCGGUGCCGGAAGUUUCGAUGAUGCCACGCUGCGAAUUCUUCAGUCUCUUCUGGUCUCCAAAGAUGUGGAAUCGUCGAUGCAAGUUCGAUGUAGCUUCACAGCAUUCUUCAGAUCGCAAUUCCUCUCCGUUAUUCGCUCAAUUGCCUCAAAAUCUGUCCAGGAGAAGCUUUUUAUACUCGAUUUUUUCGUUCGAGCUUUCGCUAUCGUCGGCGAUGUAGAGAGUUGCUUAGCUUUGAGAUACGAGGCUCUGCUCAUGAGAACACUCAAGUCUGCCAGUUGUCAAUGGCUAGAUGUCUCGCCUGUGGAAUGGUUAAAUUUUGUGGAAGACGCGCUGCAUAACGGUUUCCAUUCCAUUGCAGAGAAGGCAUGUCAACAUGCAUUAUUGUGCAUUGGGAAGAACGAUAUGCUGGAGCCUGGGAUAGAAGGAUUUUCUGAAAAUGCUGAAGCAAUUAGGACGAUUACGAGGCUGAGGAACCGUGCAAUGAAAUCUGUCGCUUCGAGCUCUGUUCAGGCGCAAGCAGCGGAGUACCUAACAAGGAAAUCAUCUGAACAGGGAAAGUUGAAUUCAAUCUCCGAAGAAAAACAAUGUCCAGCAAGCACGUCCUUUAGAAAUGGAAUUAAGAGACAGAAUAUGCGGAAGUUACAGGAACAACGAAGCCUUCUGCAGAUCAAUGAUGAAUGAACUGGACAUCAGCCAAAUGCACUGAUUAGUCAUAUUUGAGCUAAUCAAAUUGCAUCCUUCCUUUUGGUUCGAGUUUUGACACUUGAUCAGAUUUCAUACAUGCUCUUGCUGUGAGAGUAAACUCUUUACGUUGCCUGAUAUUUGACCGAUUUAAAAGAAUAGUGAUAAUGUCAGGACUGACAACAAUUGGGAAUUUUUUUCCCCUUAGUUGUGAAACAAAAACUUCACUUCCAUUCCACUCCCAUC